CGGCGCGCGCUCUCCGCCGGCACGCGGCGGGCUGGGGGCUGGUGGCUGGCUGACGUCUAUUCCGUGCGCGCGGGCUCCGCGCCGGGCAGGAGCAGGAAGAGGGGGUGGCGAGCCGGGGAAGGCAUGGGGGAGAGGUUACACAGUGAGAGCCCCCCAAGCAACAAGAGAAGGUGUGUGAGGAGAUAAUCACAGCCAGCUGCUCCCAUUCUGCUCCGGACACCUCACUGCAGAGUGAGCAGCUCACAUCCCGAGCAGUCGGGGGAGAACCCCUUGGCUUCCGGAGCCAGGGACCAGCCUCCAUCUUCGUUCCCCACCCCCCAGCUGUAGGUGAGCGGCAGUGCCGUGAGGCAACCGAGCAGCUUGAUGGCUGAGGACUGACUGUUCUCCACAGUGCAGGCUGGACCUUGCUGGAUAGACUGCGUGGAGCGCGGGUCAGACAGAUGCUGGGUGAAGUUACAGCUCAACCGUUCGAUUAAUGGAAACCUACUUGUCCUGUGUCUGUUGAAACCAUACCAGAAAGAAGCUAUCACAGAAGUUCAAAAUCACCGCAGACAUUCAGGAAUUCUAUUCUUUUCAUCUUGUGGGAGGGAUAAAAAAAAAGCAGCCAGCACGGGGAGCCCUGGCUCAUGCAACGAACAAGCGGAAGGAGAGAUUUCCUGUCUGGGGAGGGCCCUCAGCUGAAGUGACACAUUUCCUCUUUUGUCAGGGUGACUAGGUUUAAAAAAAACUGGGAGCUGCCAGAGUCCAGUCAGCAAAGAGCAAAGUCAGUGCUGUGCACACGUACACGGACAAGAAUCAGGAGUGAACAGGAUCACUGAUAACACAGUACGAGCUCGAGAGGGUUCGCUCCGCACUUGCUGUUGUCACCUCGUGAGCCUCUCCGGCAGUAACAUGUCCAGAUAAGAUCAAAGUUCACAUUUCCUGGUUGAUGGAGUGACACCGGCAAGGAAGCGAGCCGCGCCCGGCCAGGGCCCCACAGGAUGCUGCGCCGGGGCAACGUGGUGGCGUGGGGCGUGCUGCUCUUCAUUGCCUGGAACUUGCUGCUCCUCUUCUUCCUGCUGGCCCGGCCCCCAGCGGGAGGGGCUGGCGGAGGCGAGGCGGGUGUCCCGGACCCCGAGGACCUCACCCGCCAGGUGGUGAAGGUGGCUGAGGAGGUGGAGCAGGAACUAGAGGUCCAGAAGAAGCUGCUGCACCAGAUCCAGGAGCACCAGAGCCUGUGGCGCCGGGGCCAGGGCCAGGGCCGAGGAGAGAAUGGCAAUCAGCAUCCCCUGGCUCCCACCUCGGCCCACCGACCCCUGCCCCAAGACGGCCCUCUGCCUGUGCUGGUGAUCGGCUGUGACCGCCCCACCAUCCGCCGCUGCCUGGAUAAGCUGCUGCUACACCGGCCCUCCAAGGAGCUCUUCCCCAUCCUGGUCAGCCAGGACUGUGGCCACGAAGAGACGGCCCGGGUCAUCGCCUCCUACGGUGACCAGCUCCUCCACCUGCGGCAGCCAGACCUGAGUGAGCCGCCCGUGCCCCCGGGCCACCGCAAGUUCCAAGGUUACUACCGCAUUGCCCGGCACUACCGGUGGGCCCUUAACCAGGUCUUCCACACUUACCACUAUGAUGCCGCCGUGGUGGUGGAGGACGACCUGGAGGUGGCCCCGGACUUCUUCGAGUACUUCCGUGCCCUGCGGCCCCUCCUGCUUCAGGACCCCAGCCUCUGGUGUGCCUCGGCCUGGAACGAUAAUGGCAAGGAGCAGAUGGUGGAGGUGGGAAGGCCCGAGGCCCUCUACCGCACUGAUUUCUUCCCUGGCCUGGGCUGGAUGCUGCUCCGCUCCACUUGGGAGGAGCUGGAGCCCAAGUGGCCCGGCGCCUUCUGGGACGACUGGAUGCGGAAUCCCGCCCAGAGGCAGGACCGCUCCUGCAUCCGGCCCGAGGUCUCCCGAACUAUCACCUUCGGCCGUAAGGGCGUCAGCAAUGGGCAGUUCUUCGACCAGCACCUCAAGUUCAUCAAGCUCAAUGAGCGUUUUGUGCCUUUCACCAGCCUGGACCUGUCCUACCUGCAGAAGGAGCGGUACGACCCGGCCUUCACCCAGCAGGUGUACAGUGCGCCCACCCUGCGGGUAGAGGAGCUGCAACGGGGCGAGCGGCCCGAGGCCUCCCAGGUCCGCGUCCAGUACACCUCCCGCGAUGCCUUCAAGGCCUUCGCCAAAGCCCUGGGCGCCAUGGAUGACCUCAAAUCGGGCGUACCCCGCGCAGGCUACCGGGGCAUCGUCACUUUCAUGUACCGCAGCCGCAGGGUCUACCUGGCGCCGCCCGAGGACUGGAGUGGAUACGACCCCAGCUGGAGUUAGCCCCACUGGCUGGACAGCCCGCCUAAGACUUCUUCAUUCCCACUGAAGUGCCCCCAGCCUUCUCCUCGCCCAUCUCCCUCUCCAACCCUUUCCCCGUCUGUCUCUCUGUCUGUCCUCUUUACACUCCCCACUCCCCCUUUUCACCCCUCUCUCUGGCUCACCCUGUCUCUUUCUUUUUCUUUCCCUGUCUUUGUCUCCCUUGCUCUCUUCCCCCUUUUCUUUCUCUCUUUUUUCCUUCCUAGAGAUGAGGGUAGAGAAAAACAGAUUUCCCCCUUUUUGGGUGUUAAUUCUCUUUCCAAUCUCCCCCCCCCACCCAGCUUGACCACAUCCUGCUGGCUGACUGGCUUCCAGUGAGGGGGUGGGAAGUGGUGCUCUCAGUGAGGGUGAGAGUGUGUGGGGGGGUGAGGAUUACACAGGAUUCAGUGAGGGUGAGUGAGUUGGGGGGGUGAGGAUUACACAGGAGUCAGUGAGGG